GGAGCACGCCACUGGCCGCUAUCUCCCCACAUAACCUUGUUGGCGAAAGUCAAAAUCUAGCGUAAUUCUAAAAUUAGUCAGUGCAAAUAUCGCAAAAUGCAACCUGUGGCUCAUUUGGUCAAAGUUUCGCUUCCUGAUUAUCUCUCCAACUUGCCAAUCCCUGACUCGAUCGGAGGAUGGUUUCGAUUAGGUUUCAGGGACUGGCUGGCCCUUGUGCCCCCCACCGCCGCCAUGGCCGGACUAACCUACAUUUCGUACCGGGCGUUCUGCCCCCAUGGGCGCCCCCCUGCCUCCGCCCUGAUCAACAAAUCGGUGCUUAAGAGCAACCCCAAGGUGGUGGACACGGUUGACAUUGAGGAUAUUUCGGAAAAAGCGGCCUUUUGUCGCUGUUGGAAGUCGAAAAAUUGGCCGUACUGUGAUGGGGCCCACGGCACGCAUAACAAGGAGACAGGGGAUAAUGUGGGGCCCGUUGUCGUCAAGAGGAAGUGAGGGGGCUGCUUGUAGUUACAUGUAUUAUAACAUUUUGGUGUAAAUGUAUUUAGUGCUUUUGGGCCCAAAACGUUGGCAUUGCUAAAUAUACUGUUUAAAUAAAACUGCAUUUUUACA